AUGAAUAUCAAUAAUGUGAUAAAAAAUGAACAUACUGGUAUAGUUAAUAAAACGGAUAUACGAGAAGGGGAAAAUCCAUCAAAUGAAAAAAAACGGAUUGAAACUGAUAUACUAAAUGAGCAAAGUAAAGAAGAUAAAGAGUUUAGAAGAACUAAAUCCAUUUCCACUUAUUCACCAGCAUAUAUAUCUGAUCCUGUAUAUCAAUGGGAGGUUUCAAAGAAUGACAGAAUUUUUUACGAUAAAAUAAAUGAUUUUAUAAUACAUCAAAAUGUUUUAACAAAGGCUCUUUUAGUAACUGAUAUUAAAAAAACGGAAGAAAAUUAUAAAGGUGUGUAUGUAAAAUUUGACAAGAAUUUAUGUGAGCAUAUUUGCUUUUCAGCUAAUAAAAGUUUUUUUCUUUAUUAUAGUAUUAAUCCAAAUAUAAUAGAAAUAUCAGAUAUUUUAAAUAAUCAUAAUAUAUAUUUAAGUGUAGAAAUAAAUAAAUUAGAUGAAUGUGAAAUAUUAAGUGCAUUUUGGUUAAAUAAUAAUACAUCAAAAGAGGUAAAUGAAAAUAUAAGUAAUUCAGAUUUUGUAGUAGUAACUAAUAAUUCUAUAGAAAUAUUUAAUAUAUCUUUUGAUAACUUAAUUAUAAGCCCAUUAAAGAAACAUUAUAUAAAAUCUAAAUAUGCUUGGUAUAAUGAAAAUACAUCUUAUAUAGCUUUAUUAUCGUCAACCAAAAACAAUGUUAUAUUACCUUACUUAUUAAAUAAUAAUAAUGCAAUAAAGCUUCCAAAAAUCGAAUUAAACUUAACAAAAACUGAUAAUAUAAAUAAAAAUGAUAUUGAAAUUAUUAUACUAUAUAAUGAAACAUAUUGUAUACAUAAAGAUUUUAAAAAUGGAAGAAUAUCAUUCCGAUGUUUAUCAUCAACUGUCUAUUUUGAUUAUGUCCUUGAUUUAUUUGCAAGCGGAAUGAUAGACACUUUUUGUAUAAAUAAUUUAUUUGGUGUUUUUAAUUAUAUAAAUGAACAAAUAUAUAUAUUUGAUAUUAAAUAUAAAAAAAAAAAUUCAAUUACCUCUCUAAAUAAUAAUACUGUUAAUAUUUCCUACUUAACAUCCCCAAAAUCCUUUAAAAGAAAUAUCAAUUGCAAUUAUAUUUUUUUUAAAUCACCAAACAUAAUCAUUGAUGCCCAUUAUGGAAAUAUAUACAGCAUAAGUAUUGACUAUGAUAUACUCAUGUUGCAGAUUUGCCAGCACUUUUCAAACUUGAGUACAUCCGUUGAUGUUUUGCUAAGAAGGCCAUACUGCAAAAAGAGAAUAACAGAAAUGUUUUUUUUAGCACUAGAAAAUUAUAUAAAAAUCGAAGAUUUUUUAAGUAUAGUAAAUAUAAUAAAUAUUAAUUAUAGGAAACUAAUUGAGCAAUGUGCAAAGAAAGGUAAAUGCUCUACAACUAUUACAAGACAAAAAAAUAAAAUAAUUCAACCAUUAGAUGAAGUUUUAAAAAAUUUAGAUGGUAAAACAUUAAUUACUGAGAAGGAUAUCGUUACAGAAGUUUUCCAUCCUUUUAUUAUAAAAAAAUAUAAGUUAAAUAAAAAAGAAACAUUAUUUAACUUUUCAAUCAACUUUCUUGAAAUGAAAAGGAACCGAAAAAAAAACAAAGGGGCCUUGUUUAACAAGAGUAGUGAAAAAGAUAUGACUUCUGAAGACGAAAAAAGAGAAGACAAUAUUAAUGAAAAAUUCAAACAAAUUUCAAAUUUUGUAAAUACCAAAAAGUCAAAUGAUAAUAUAAUUAAUUCGAAUAAUUCUGUUAAUAUACAAAAUAAUAAAAAGGAAAACAUUUAUCAUGAAACUUUAAACUAUUCCGAAUUACAGAAUACCUCACUAUUUUUAAUAUACAUAUUAGAAUAUAUGAAAUCCUUGUUAUAUUUAAAUAUUAUACCUAAUAGGAUUUUACAAACUUUUAUAUUUGAUGUUUGUAUUUUUUUUAAACAAGAUAAUUUUUUAAGACAAUUACUUCAAUUCUAUGUUAUAUCUGAUUCGAUCGAAGUAACUAAAAGGUUAUUUCAUUAUUGGCAGUUUACAAAAUAUGAAUGGGCAUAUCAAUUUUGUUUAGAUAUGUCUUUGAGAUUAAAAGAAUAUGAUAUGGUUGUUCAUUUAUUUUUAUCUGCAAAAAAAUAUUUAAAAAUUAUAAAAUUUUUAAGAAAUUACAAUUUAACAGAUUAUCCAAUUUCAGUUAUUUUUCAAGCUAUAGAAAAUGAUUUAGAUGAUCCGAAAAAAUAUACCAUAUUAAACAAUGUCCUUUUUUCACUAAAUAAAUGGAUAAUUGACUCCGACAAAGACCCCGUGAAGUACCCUUUUCCAAAUUUACAGAAUUGCGAAAAGUGGGUUAGCCUAGUGGAAGAGGCAUAA